AGUUUUAUCCGUACGAAAAUACUUUUCGUUUAGUCUGGUUACCGAAAUAUUUUACCAACUACGUCGUCGCUGUUGUCUUUUUUUCCAUUCAAAGGAAAGAUCAAAGACGUGUGAAAUGUUCAAAGGAGUAUAAAGUAGAGACUUUCCUCUGCAGUUUCUUUAACCGCUUUGAAUUUGAUCCGUAGGAAGAAAGAAAGAAGAACGAGGAGGUUGAAAUAUGUCCAAGGCAGACGAGCCGGUCGUCGGAGUUCCGUACUAUGUCGCACAGAAUCCAUACCAAGCCGGAGCCGUCCCACCAAACGUGGUCUACGGAGAUCCCAAGGGGAUUCCCAUUCAGCAGACCAUUUACCGGGACACUCCCGCUCCUUUCAACUGCGCUUACUGCGGCAACACCGGGGUUACCACCGUGAGAUCAAAGCCAAGUUUGGCGGCUGUUAUUGGCUGCAUGAUGCCAAUGAUGCUUGGAAUUUGCUUUCUUUGUCCUUCAAUGGACUGCCUCUGGCAUAAAUAUCACUACUGCCCUAGCUGCAAGGAAAAGGUUGCGGAUUUUGAGAAAUCAGAUCCCUGUGCUGUGAUGGAUCCUCCUCACUGGACACAGGAAAGCUUUGCAUUGCCUGCAUGAUAGGCUCCCGCCAUUAUACAGAUCGUGACAACUUGUCUGUUUGUUUGUUGGCAACUUCUUUCUCUUUACAUGAAGUGGUAAAGUAAGAUUCUUGAUGUAUAUGUUUCUAAAAUGCUGCAAUAACAACCUUCAUGUCUACGACACAUGUAGUCUUGUACCAUACAGCUAGUAUUGUUUUGAAUUACUCACGAGCUUUGUGAGAUACACAAUCUGUAUUGUCUUGCACCAUAGAUUUCUUAUCAGCAAAAUUGAGUUUGUCUAUUACUAAUAAAUCAACGAUUCUGUAUUGCAUUUGGACUUGCUGCUGUUUUGGUUUUGCUUAAUCCAGAGCUGAAUCCCUCA